AUGGAGGAGGCGGUGGUGAGGCAGCAGACGCGACGGUGGCUGGGCGGCGAGUUCGGUGGUGAGGCUGAGAGUGAGAGAGGGUCGUUACAUAAGACGGCUCACUCCAUGUUUGGUAUUCCAAUUGAGUUGAAUGAAGACACUGUUUGUAGGAUUUCGAAAGAUAGUCCUAAAGCUGAUUUAAUCCGAUCUGCAGAGUUGAUUAUAUGGGAUGAGGCACCAAUGACAAAUAGAUUAGCAUUUGAAGCAUUAGAUAGAACAUUUCAUGAUAUAAUGUCACCAGUUUCUGAUUCUAAUAGAGAUGUUCCAUUUGGAGGAAAAAUUAUGAUACUUGGUGGAGAUUUUAGACAAGUAUUGCCUGUUAUUCCAAAAGCUUCACGUGCUGAGAUAAUUAUGGCUUCAAUUAAUUCUUCAGUUCUGUGGCGACAUUUUCAGGUGUUAACAUUAACAAGAAAUAUGAGGAUACAAGGGGGUGUCGAUGAAAGAAGUAUUGAACAGUUAAAAUCUUUUUCAGAUUGGAUUCUUCAGAUUGGAGAAGGACAAUGUGGAAUAACGGAGAAUGAUAAAAAUAUUGUUGAAAUUUCAUCUGACUUGAUUGUCCCUAUUAUUGGUGAUCCAGUUGCAAACAUUGUCAACAUAGUAUAUCCUAACAUUGUUAAAAAUUAUGGGAGUCAAACUUUCUUUCAAAAUAAGGCAAUCUUGGCUCCAACUGUUGAAGUUGUUGAGGAAAUUAACAAUUAUAUUGUUUCAAUAUUGCCAGGUGAAGAAAAAGAAUAUCUAAGUGCUGAUUCUAUUUGUGGUAGUAAUGCUUAUUGUGAUAUAGAUAUUGGUUGGAUAACUACUGAAUUCUUGAAUCAGAUAAAAUGUUCUGGUUUACUUAAUCAUUCAUUGAAGUUGAAAAAAGAUGUUCCUAUUAUCUUGUUGAGGAAUAUUGAUCCAGCUGGUGGUUUGUGUAAUGGAACUCGAUUAAUAGUUUGUGAUCUAGGAAGGAAUGUAAUUUCAGCUGAAAUUGUCUCUGGCAGUAAUAUUGGUGAUAGAGUCUACAUUCCUCGAAUGAAUUUAAUUCCAAGUGAUGCUAGCAUUCCUUUUAAAUUCCAACGAAGGCAGUUUCCUAUAAGUUUGUCGUUUGCAAUGACAAUUAAUAAAAGUCAAGGCCAGACAUUAUCAACUGUUGGUUUGUUCUUGCGACGUCCGGUCUUCUCUCAUGGUCAACUUUAUGUUGCUCUUUCUAGAGUUAGAAAUCGAAAUGAUCUUAAAAUUAUGUUAUGUAAUGAAGAUAUUGAUGAAACUUGUUGUACUGAAAAUGUUGUCUUUAAAGAAGUCUUUGAUAAAAUUUAA